GACAGAAGACUGAAGCAUGUCCCGGGUUUAGAGGGUGUUAGGAGGGGUUUGCAGAGUGUGUUUUCUCGGUGUAAUGCAGCACACGGAUUGAUUUUCAGUUCCUCCGCAGAUCCGGACCCAGUUUGCUGUCUCUGAGCCCCGGGAAUGGAUCAUUUCGCCGGGGAUGAUGAGAGCGACGCGUCCGCGCAGCAGACCACCGUGUGGCAGCAUAUCACAGCCCGGGCCAAGCCGCUCCUCAGCCCCAAACUGGGCUCCAGAGACCCGGAGGAGAAGAAGGAGAAGAGCAUGUGGAUGUUCAAGAAGAUGAAGAGGAAGGAGAACGUGUCUCUGGACCGGAUUAUCUCUUCCUCGCAGCCGGAUUUGCUUUUCGCGUCCGCGCCGGAUCCAGAGGCGCAUGAGGCGCAGCAGCUCUGCGGCAAAGCGGCAGGUAUGAGCGGCAGUGGAGGCUCCGGGAUUAAGGAGAGGAUUUCUUCCAAACUCACGGUGGCUCAUCUAAUUCAAACCCACCACAAGAGCUCCUCUCUGGGGUCUGCGUGUCUGGAGAAGCUGGCGGAGCCUCCGGGCGGCAGGAGCGGUGAAGCAGGCGAAGCGGCAGGAGCGGUGGAGACAGAGCAGGAGGAGCAGAAGGAGCAGCAGGGAAUCGGAGCUCCGCCCUCGUCGGAGCGAGCCUCCUCCAGCAUGUACAAACUGGAGAUCGAUCUGAAGAGAGGGAACAACCUGGCCGUCAGAGACCGAGGAGGCAGCAGCGACCCGUAUGUGAAGUUCAAGCUCUCUGGGAAGGAGGUGUUUCGAAGCAAAACCAUCCACAAGAACCUGAACCCGGUGUGGGACGAGAAGACCACGAUAAUCCUGGACUGCCUGAGCGACCCUCUGUAUGUCAAGGUGUUCGACUACGACUUCGGACUCCAGGACGACUUCAUGGGUUCUGCUUAUCUCUACAUGGAGUCUCUGGAGCAGCAGAGGUGUAUUCCUGUGACGCUGGUUCUGAAGGACCCUCAGCACCCGGACCAGGAUCUGGGUUCUCUGGAUCUGUCCGUCACCCUGACCCCCAAAGACAGUCCUCUGGAGGAGAGGAGGGACUCCACUUCCACCACCAUGCUGCUCAGGAGAUCCUGGAAGAGAUCUAAUAAGCAGCAGUCCCUGCGUCUCUCCGAGCUUCACAGGAAGUCUCAGUUGUGGCGAGGGAUCGUCAGCAUCGCUCUGAUCGAGGGUCGCAGUCUGAUCCCCAUGGACCCCAACGGGCUGUCGGACCCCUACGUCAAGUUCAGACUCGGACACCAGAAGUACCGGAGCAAGACGGUGCCUAAGACUCUGAGUCCUCAGUGGAGGGAGCAGUUCGACCUCCACCUGUUCGAGGAGACAGGUGGAAUUUUAGAGAUCACGGUGUGGGACCGAGACACCGGGAGGAGGGACGACUUCAUCGGACGCUGUCAGUUGGACCUCUCCAUUCUGUCUAAGGAGCACACACACCACCUGGAUCUCCCUCUGGAGGAGGCCCGGGGCUUCGUGGUGCUCCUGGUCACGCUGACGGCCUCCGCUCACGUCUCCAUCGCCGACCUCUCCGUGACCCCGCUGGACGACCCGCAGGAGAGGAGGGAGAUCCUGACACGCUACGGGGCGCUGAAGUCCUUCUCUAACUUCAGAGACGUGGGCAUUGUUCAGGUGAAGGUGAUGAGAGCCGAGGGACUCAUGGCUGCAGACGUCACCGGUAAGAGCGACCCGUUCUGUGUGCUGGAGCUGAACAACGACCGGCUGCAGACUCACACCGUCUACAAGAACCUGAACCCAGAGUGGAACAAAGUCUUCACCUUUAACGUUAAAGACAUCCACUCGGUGAUGGAGGUGACGGUGUUCGAUGAAGACCGAGACCGGAGCGCCGACUUCCUGGGAAAGAUCUCCAUCCCUUUAUUAUAUAUCCGUAACGGUGAGCAGAAGAGCUACGUGUUAAAAAACAAGGAGUUAACGGCUCCGAGUAAAGGAGUCAUUCACCUGGAGAUAGACGUCAUCUACAACACCGUGAAAGCAGCGAUGAAGACGAUCGUCCCUGCAGAGCAGAAAUUCAUCGAGGAAGAGCCAAAGGUCUCCAAACAGUUGCUGCAGCAGAACUUCAACCGGGUGAAGAGGUGCAUCAUGGUCCUCAUCAGCUACGGCACGUACAUCAACAGCUGCUUCGAGUGGGAGUCUGCACAGAGGAGCAUCUUCUCCUUCGUGAUGUUUGUGCUAGUGGUGUGGAACUUCGAGCUCUACAUGCUGCCGCUCGCUCUGCUGCUGCUGCUCGUCUGGAACUAUCUGUUCAGCUGCAGCCGAGACACGACCGACACGAAAAUAGCUUUUGGUCCUGCUGCAUGCAAAAUUAAGACGAUGGAGGCCAUGUUUGAUUGGGAGGAUGAAGAGGACGAUAAAGAGGAUAAGGAGUCUGAGCACAAAGGCUUCAUGAACAAACUGUACGCCAUCCAGGACGUUUUCUUCAGUGUUCAGAACGCUUUGGACGAGGUGGCGUCGAACGGAGAGAGGAUCAAGAACACGGUGAACUGGACGGUCCCCUUCCUCAGCUGGCUGGCGAUCGCUGCUCUGCUUUCUGCCGUCGUCCUCCUCUACCUCGUCCCUCUGCGCUACCUGGUGCUGAUCUGGGGUGUGAAUAAGUUCACGAAGAAGCUGCGCGACCCGUACAUGAUCGACAACAACGAGCUGCUCGACUUCCUGUCCAGAGUUCCCUCCGACGUGCAGGUGAUGCACUACCGCGAGCUGAGGGUGGAUCCGGGUCAGAGUCCCAGCAAACGCAGAAGACCAAUUCAAAGUUAGCGUCUCUCCCUGUAAACAUGUAAAAUAUUUUUAUUUAAAGGGGACCUAUCAUGCAAAAUGCACUUUGUGAUGUCUUGUAUACAUAAAUACGUGUCCCCGGUGCGUCGGGGAACUCACGCAGCGUCAGAAA